AUGUCUGUGUCACUCAUAUCGCAUGAUGCGGUCAGCCAGCAAACGAACAAAAUUGUUCCUCCCUCGGUUGUGUUCGAACCAUUCCAUGAUUUACCCAAAACAAAUCAACGACUUCUUGGCGAGCCACAUCCCAGCGGCACUGUGACACCAUUGGCUCUGAGGCCUUCGAGUGUGAACCAAGACGGAGAAGUUCAGUUACAAGAGGUCAUCAAUGCUAUAGAGUCUCUCCAGAGCCACAACGAACUCACCAAGAAACUCGCUCUCCACGGGGCACUUCUAUUCAGAGACUUGCCUAUUCAUGGCGCUGAGGACUUCAGCAAGUUUGCACAUGCUUUCGGAUACAAACCACACGAGAUCAUCGGUAUUGUAGUCAAUAGACCACUUUUGGCGCCCAAUGUUGCACCUGCAAAUGAAAGCCCUAAAGAAGUGCUCAUCUACAACCACAAUGAGUCCCCCCAGGUUCCGCACGCUCCCGAAUACGUCUUCUUCUACAAUCACAAAGCACCUUCGAAGGGAGGAGAGACGCCCAUUUCUUCUUCUCUUGAACUCUUUCAACGAGCCAAGAAUGAAAUUCCCGAGUUUAUUCAGGAGCUCACUGAAAAAGGCAUUCUGAGCAAGGUCACCUACAAGUUCGACAAGCAGUAUGCGGGAGGUUCAACACUACGACAGGCUUUUGGAAAAGACUUCGUGGACGGCGACAGUGUGGCUACAAAGCGCGCCAAGAUCGAGGAGCAGAUUGCUAGAUAUGGGCGAGGCAAGCAUACAACGUGGGAAUGGAUAGACGACGGUGUGGUUCUGACGCAUAGGUUACCCGCGAUUCGUACUCAGCCAGGCACGGGACUGCCAACGCUCUUCACCGGAUUAGCAGCUUACUGGAAGAACUCUCAAGGGGGGAACGGAGCCAGGAAGGAGGUCACCAAACAGCUUUACGGCGACGGAACGCCUAUUCCGGACAAGUACCUGGAGCACUUGGCGAAGAUUACAGAGGAGAUCCGAGUGCUCCACAAAUGGCAACAAGGGGACGUUCUCGUGUUUGACAACAUCAUUGCCCAGCAUGGCAGACAGCCUUGGGAAGGCGAACAAUCCGAUCGCGUGGUGCUUGCUAGUCUUUUCGAUGGAGACAGCGUGCCUGGUGCAUACGGUGACAGCGAUUGGGCGCAGGUUGUUCAGGCAUUGGAUGGUUGA